AAAAAAAAAAAAAAAAAUUAUGUCAUAACUUAUUUUCCCAUGCAUGAGGUCAAUCAAAUAGCUAAUUUAAAGUCCAGUAGAGGCGGCCUUUCCAUGCGUUAGUACGCGGGAGCAAUUCACUAGACUGUGGACUGGAGUAGAGAAGCGCAUUCUCAUUAUGAUUUCUGCCUAUAAAUAGUUAACCAGCUAUAAAUGUGCUAAUUCACCCUUCAAACGGCACAUGACCUUACAGAACAAGAAGCUUUGAAAGAAGCAGUAAAGACACGGGAGAAGCUCUGAGUCAUGGCUCGUACAUGCCGCAAUGACUUGCAGUACAACUGUCUGUGCGUAUGUUGACCUAAGAGCCUGAAAUUUCCCUUUGGAGACGGUGGAGACCAAACUAUGAGGAAAAAACUGCUGGUCAGACCUGUAUGCCAGACACGGCUUACUCACCAUCCCACUACCUGUCAGCCUAUCACUGAAGCCUCAUCCGGUCCUGCCACUCUUCCCAUCCAGAAGAAGAACAUCAGCAGACCUGCGGGAGAAGGAAGAGCAGCAGCAAAAGAAAGAGCCUGUGGUGGGUCCAGGGGGGCUGGCUUUAAAAACGAAAAUGGUAAAAAUGAUCCUGCUGGUCGCCUUGCUGGUGUUCCACUGCUGCUUGGGUCUGAAAGGAGCGGAAGCGGCUGAAAGCGUGGGGCUGGAGAAGAUGGAGAGGUGUCGCACAAGAUGUUCUCAGGGACUUCACUGCAAGCCCAAACCAGACUACCUGUUUCCUCCCCCGUGUCAGAACCCUCCAGAGGGCCUCAACGUCUCCGUGCUCCACAACGUCAGCCUCUCCACGGCCAUGAGGUGUGAGGGGAGGCAGAAGUGCUCGCUGCACCUCAGCAUCAAGGCGGCUCUGCAGCUUGACAAGUCCAUCAACGGCCUGUCCAUUUGCACCAGCACGGCAGGGAUGAUGACGAACUGCAGGAUCUUAAGCUUCACAAAGGCGUCAAGAGAAAGGAUGUCUGGACAGCAGGUGGAAGUUGACAAUAAUUGCACCGAAGUGUCUCCGAACCAACAAGUCCUUAUCACCGUGAAAACAGUGCCGAGCUACUGUGGCAUUACCUGGACCGGCACGUAUCACGCUCCAGAUUGCACCACUGACGCUUUGAGAAGAAACGUCCCAGAAUGCAUCACUGGCAGGCUGUCGUACGAUGUGGACCCAGAGAGGAAGGAGCUGAGGGUCAACGUGUCGGACAUGCUCGAGGAUCACAACUACCACCUCCGUCUGUGCCACAGAGACUACAUCUGCGUUGGCACAGGGGCCAGCACUCUGAUUAAGAAGGAGGAACCUAUAAAGAGUGCCACCCUUCAAUACGCCCGACCUUUGCCCUGCCUCUGCAUCGAGGGUUGGUCGGUUGUGAUGGACGCCCCCAGGGUCCAGGUCUGCCCGUUCAAAGACCGUCUUGAAGAACUGUGGUUCGGAAUUACCUUUGACCCACUUGAGGAGGCUCUGCAGUGGGAGCCUGCUUGUCCAGUUUCUGCGGUGGUUACGUUGUGCCAGAAAAGACAGGAUGGCGUCUGCGUGGAUCUGCCUCAAGCCUCCCAGAAUGUCAGCAGAGACAAGAUAACGUUUGCCAAAGUGGAUCCACAUCCACAGCUCUGCAUGAAGUUUACUGUCAGCUCUCGUUCCUGGACCAGGUGUCCCUUCGCAGACGGGAGAUUCCAAGCGUGGGAGGUGGCUCUGGCACGAAGUCAGGCGCAUGAAGAAGUGAAGAUGUUGUCGCAGGUCACUGCAACAUUCUCUGUGGGGCUUUGCGGGAAGUCUGAAGGUUCCCCUGCAUGCCAGACUGAAGACACCCACUCCAUGCAUGUGGAGAAACACAAAGCUGUUAACCUAGAACUGCCGGGAAUACUAUGCGACUCUUGUAUUCAGGUGAAGAGGCUUGAUGUGAACUAUGCCGCCACAGUCAUUCACUGUCUUGGACUGUGCAAUGAAUCAUUAACGGCCAGUUCCCGCAUCCCCCGCGAAAGCUCUCAGGACAUGACCUGGAUUGUUGUGGCAGCCAGUGUUUGUCUGUCUGCCGUCAUAAUUGUGACGCUGGGGCUCCAUGUGCUGUUAACAGUGCAUCGGAGGCGGAAACAAAGAAGAGACGGGGCCUGCGAUUUGAAAAAAGUUCCUGCUGCUGACUGUGCGGUCGCUGCGUUAGAAACUCGACCAGUUCUCCACAGAGGCGUCCUCAUACCUGAUUCACCACUGUGUGGAAACAAUGAGAAGGCCAACUUAAUCUCUAACUGACCAAACAUGCGUUCUCUGGUCAAAUGCAUUACAUUUAUUGUGCAGUAUAAAGAUGUUACAAAAACGCCAAAUAAGUUCUCUGUUGAAUCCCUUACGUAUAUUGUUUGGAUUGAUGUUUCAUUGUGUUAACUGUAGAUGUACUGGUUAGAAUGCUUUUUGUGAGCGCUGCCUGUUUUUAAAAAAAUAUGUAUUCUGUGUGGUGUCGUUCGUAUGGGUGAAACGUGUCCGUGCAUUGUUUUGUUUGUGUUUUAAGUUAAAAUAUUCCUUCGUCUUGCAGCUGAGCAGUUACCAUCUUAAUUUAAAUAUCUAUUUUGAAUAAAAAAUGCAAAAUGUGUAUCGAAA